CGCGCCCAACGCUCGCUGGGCAGCCUGAUGCCCAGCGUCCGCCCAGGCGUUGCCCUCUUGGCGGUCCUGGCGUUGGGUGGAGUCUUCGUCCUGCUCGGGUGCUGUGUCUACCUGGACAGGAGACGGCGAAGAGACCCCGCAUUCCGGCGCUGCCUGCGGGACAAGAGAAGAGCUGCACAGCGCAAGGCCGAAGCGCCAGCCAGGCAGUCAUGGGAUCUACCAAAGGACAAACUACAAGAAUUUUUUUUGCAAGAGGUGCAGAUGGGAAAACUUUGUUUAGGUAGAGGGGAAAGUAGAAUGGGGGUUGAACAUCUCACCAAUGCCCUUUUAAUGUGUGGGCAACCGAAGGAGCUUCUGGCGCAUUUCAAACAAACACUCCCUCCUGAGGUAUUUGAGAUGCUAUUGUACAAAAUUCCCCUUAUUUGCCAGCAAUUUGAGGCAGACAUACAUGAACAGAAGCACUGGAAGGAUGAUCCUGACUGA